AUGCCACCCAAGGGGAAGAAGGCACCUUUAAAGACUAAUGUUCCAGCUUUCAAGGAGGAGGAAGUACCUUUAACUGCCGUAAUUAUUGCUGAGGAUGUGGCGGAGAGGUUUGAACCAAUCACUAAGUGGGUACCUCAUUCGUUACUACCCCUUGCUAAUGUCCCCCUCCUCCACAUUUCCAUCUCCUGCCUGAUCAGAGAUGGUUUUCGAAACAUUAUAAUCUACGCGUGCCGUGACGCCCAAAAAAUACAGAAAUUCGUCGACGCAAGCUGCUACACCAGACGUUUCCCCCUUUUGAAAAUCGUAGUUUUCAAUGGCAAUGGCAGUCGAUGUUUGGGCGAAGCAAUGCGUGAUAUUGAGUGCAAUCAGCUGCUUCGAGGGGUUGAAGAAUUUGUCUGUCUUCCUGCCGACCUUGUUUCUGAUGUUUCUUUGAUCGCUCUUCUUAAUGAUUUCAAGGAGCGUCGGAAGAAAUCCAGUUCGCUGGCAAUCGAUCUCAUUUAUACCACACUGCCGCCCUUCUCAUCCCCAGAAGAUGUACGUUGCACCGUUGUUCACACAAGUCCUGACAUGAAAGUAAUACAGGUGUCUCGUCACAACCGUGAAAUGCCUGCGAUUUUUGCUACUGAGGCUGUUUUUGCUGCGGCCAAAGCGAAAAACGUAAUCUCUAUCCGAUCCGACCUACUCGACACUCGUGUUCUCAUCUGUAGUUCCCACAUUCCCCCUCUCUUUCAGGAUAACUUCGACUAUGAUUCAGUUGACGAUCUCGUCAAUGGGAUGAUAACCAACGAGGAAAUCAUGGGAUACACCGUGAAUAUUCAAUUCGCACCCUCUUCUCAAAUAAUCGUCCCCGUUGCACCGUGUUUCAGCUACCUCUUACGUGUUACACCCCACUUUCUUACCCGUUUGGGUAGCAGCCGAGUACACCCACCCAACUACCUCGUCAUGGAACCUUUUUCGCGGUUGUUAGAAGGUGUGGAAUACGCAGCAACAACCACCAGUCCCCUAGCCAUUGCACCAACGUGUUUCGUAUCGCGCAGCGCAGACAUUGAUCCUAAAGCGAGCUUAAUUGGUGCCUGUUUGGUCGGAGAGUACUGUUGCCUGGAGCGUGGUGUUGUGCUUACUGAUACCGUCUUGGGUGACAACUGUACGGUGGGAAAGAAUUCACACCUCAGUGGGGUGGUUGCCCUUUCUGAUGUCCAUAUCGGUGCUAACGUCCGCUUAAAUCAGUCUUGGCUCUGUUCCGGAGCCUGUAUUCACGACAAAGUUCAUUUGGGACCUCGUUGUUUUGUCGGCGUACCGAGGGAAGGGGCCAAAAGGGUGGACAAUGGGCAUUCUGGACGUAUGUGCAUCGAAGCAGAGCCUGAAAUCAACCUCCCUCCUGAGAGUAUUAUUGUCGCAUCUGAAGAGGGUGAAGAACGCGACUGGACAGUUAUUAAACGCGUGGAAGUUUCUCGAACUGAGGUGUCAUUUAUGGAAGAGGACGGGGAUGAAGUUGUUGCGGAUUCGGACGCAGGAAGCGUGGGUUACAAGGAUGUGACGCUUUGGCGAGCCAACUGGGGGCAGGUGUCGGUCUCCUCACAGCUUGAUGACAGCGAAACCAGCUUUUCACGGCUGCGAAGCUCUGGUGUAGUCAGUGCCGAUCCAGAAAGCGAGGCUGGCGUUGGAGGCGCCAGUGCUAAUCUCGACGUUUGCGGUGCUCGUGGUGGCGAGCCAGAAGACACAGAUGACGAGUUCCUCAUUCAGGAGUUACAGAAGACCCUCAGUCGUAGCCUGGAGUUGAAACAGCCGUCCGAUGUAGUGAUGCUGGAGGUGAAUUCCCUCAAACACGCCUACAAUAUUUCCUUGGAGGAUCUGGCCUUCCUGUUUGUGAAGGCCCUUCUUGCCUUGACAUCGUCGUCAACACAGGGGAGUGAUCCUGCCGCCUUCGCGAUCGCUUUCAAGAGAAUUCUUGCUCACUUUGCUUCGGUGCUUGAAAAGUACGUCUCCAGUUCGACGGAAUGUGCGUCCUACUGUUUGCAAGCGGUUGAGGACCAGGCCUGCUAUCAACCCGUUGUAAUGGAAGCUGCAAGGUGGUUGCUUCCCUGUCUCUAUGACGUCGACUUGGUGUCGGAGGAGGUAGUUAGGGAGUGGGUGGUAUCGUCACCGCUUUUGUUAGACGAUGAACUGGCUUCUGGCUGUCGAAAGUUAAGAGAGAGCAUUAAGCCAUUUAUGGAUUGGUUGGACGAAGCUGAGGAGGAAGACGACGAAGACUAG